UUCUCGUUAGUCAGGUGUCAGCCGCCAUAGUGGCCUGCGAGAGUCCUUUCCGGCUCACGUUAUCCCCUCCCCUACGUCAGCCUCGUCCCCAGUUCCGCGCCGAGGAGCCCUCCCAUUACUCCACAUGUCUGACAACACCAGUGCCCCGGACUGCUGGGAGGCGGCGGCGGACGAGAACCUGUCUACUAUCGCCACCAGCAUGUCCACGCUGAACGUCAACGCUCCGGUCUUCAUCCCCAACGUAAACGCCCCUGAGUUCGUGCCCAGCUUCAUGAAGGAGGAGACCGGCCAGACCCAACCAGCGGCGCCGGAUCCGCCCCCAGAACCGUCCACAGGAACCCCAGAAGACCUGGCUGUAACUAACUUGGAUGGAGAUGUCACAGCUGACUCAUGGGAAGAAGCAGCUGAUGCUGCUACCCCCUCCCCCAACCGUGAAACUCCACCUACGCCCCCCACUCCAGGCACCCCGGAUGAAGAUGAGGAAGAGGACAGCGAUGAGAUCAAAAAGCCAAAGAAAAAGCCAUUAGAUGAGGAUGAUUCAGCACCCAAGAAGGAACCUGUCAAUGUCAUUUUCAUCGGCCAUGUUGAUGCUGGCAAGUCAACCAUCGGGGGUCAGAUCAUGUAUCUGACAGGCAUGGUGGAGAAACGGACGCUGGAGAAGUAUGAAAGGGAGGCCAAAGAGAAGAACAGAGAAACUUGGUACCUUUCCUGGGCACUGGACACCAAUCUAGAAGAGCGUGACAAAGGCAAGACAGUGGAGGUAGGCAGAGCAUACUUUGAAACAGACCAGAAACAUUUCACAAUCCUUGACGCCCCAGGCCACAAAAGCUUCGUGCCUAACAUGAUCGGUGGUGCCUGCCAAGCUGAUCUGGCAGUUCUGGUAAUAUCAGCAAGAAAAGGAGAGUUUGAGACUGGCUUUGAAAGGGGUGGCCAGACCAGAGAACAUGCGAUGUUGGCCAAGACGGCAGGUGUUAAGCACCUCAUUGUACUCAUUAACAAAAUGGAUGAUUCAACUGUGCAGUGGUCAGAAAAGCGCUACAAUGAAUGUAAAGAGAAAUUGGUACCCUACCUCAAGAAGGUUGGCUUUAACCCCAGUAAAGACAUCAUGUUCAUGCCAUGCUCUGGCUUGACUGGUGCUAAUCUUAGAGAGCAAAUUGAUGAAACCCUUUGCCCGUGGUACAAGGGACCAGCGUUCAUUCCUUACAUCAACAACUUGCCGCCACUCAACCGAAACAUGAGCGGACCUUUCAUGAUGCCUGUCGUGGACCGCUACAAUGACAGAGGCACCAUUGUCAUGGGCAAAGUAGAGUCUGGCUGCUGCAAGAAGGGAGACAACAUUGUGGUCAUGCCUAAUAAGACCCCUGUGACUGUGGACAUGCUUUGGCGAGAUGAGGAUGAGACUGGCACUGUCAACUGUGGGGAGAAUGUUAAGGUGAAGCUGAGGGGAGUAGAGGAGGCUGAUGUAGCUCCAGGCUUUGUAUUAUGUGAUCCCAGUAACCCUUGCAAGACUGGCAGAAUAUUUGAUGCUCAGGUUGUGAUUCUGGAGCACAAGUCAAUCAUCUGCGCUGGAUACUCAGCUGUCUGUCAUAUCCAUUCUGUUGCUGAGGAGGUCACUGUCAAGCUCCUGUUGUGCACCUUGGAUAAGAAGUCUGGUGAUAAAUCUCAGUUGCGGCCCCGUUUUGUCAAGCAGGAUCAGAUUGCCAUCAUGAGGUUUGAGACGUCGGGAGUGAUCUGCAUGGAAGCAUUCAAGGACCAUCCACAACUUGGUCGCUUCACGUUAAGAGAUGAAGGCAAAACUAUCGCUAUUGGCAAGGUCUUGAAAGUUUUGGAAUAAGAUGUGAAUAAGCAAUCUGCGUUGCGACACCCGCAGAUGCCACAAGAGUAUUUAUGUGCAAUCCCUUUUAGUGGUGUCUUGCUCUUGUUUGAUAAUAGAGCCUCUGCAGCUUUGUCAAGGCUCACUUGAUUAUUUGGCCUUGGGAAAUCCAAGAAGAUUUUAAGUCGUGAGAAUCACACUAUGGCAGAAACGUGAAAUUGGUCCAUCCACCAAUCAUCCUAAGAAAAUCAAAGUGUGCGUGGGUGUCCUGUCAGAGUCUCCGCCUUUUCCCUCUACCUGCCAUGCUCAACCUUCAAGACCAGUCCUCUACAAGAGUUGUCACCCUUGUAGUCCCAACAGGGGGCAGGCUCAGGGGAGUGUCGGAGAAAACAUGUAUAUAGAGCCAGUGUGUAUUGUCUCUUUAUUACAGAGAAACAAGUGUUGUGCAAGGUUUCUUGAGGUAGCUUAAUGAAUGUGAAUUUUUGCCCAUAUUCCACAGGAUACAAUUUUUAUAGUUAUGGGUAGGAGUUCAUUGAGGCAUGACAAUGUUGGGGAAGCCUUUGAAUAAGCAGAUUAGGCCUUGCAGGGGACUAGAUUAAUGCACUAAGCCUCAGGAAAGGUUCUUGCCAGUCAACUGCUGCAGCAGAACUGGUAUUUUUACUGGUGACUAUUUGACAUUUCCCAUAAAAUACAUUGUUUGUUUGGAAUACUGA